GUGUGGGGCCCCUCGUGGCUGCGAGCUGCUGACUGCCUCGUCCGCAGCAGAUCUCACUUUGUGCUGCGGCUGGGGGGCCCCCGAGCAGCAGCAAAGGCGACUGGGGACCCCCAAGGGGCCCCUUUGAGCCCCAGGGGCCCCCAGGGGGCCCCUCUGAACCCUUUGGUGCUGCUGCCGGUUUGCUCGCCCCUAAUCCUGGGCCCCCAGGCAGUUGCUGCUACCCCAGAGCCGCAGCGGCUGCUGCUGCAGCAGCGGUGGGAGGAGAUGGUCUGGCAGCAGCAGCAGCAGCUCCAGCAGCAACAGCCACCGAGCAGCUGCAGCAGCGCCCCCACAGACCCUCCCCAAGCCGGAGGCCCCCCAUCUGAAGGCUCCCCAGCUGGGGGGCCCCCCCCUGGGGGCCCCCCAGGUGGGGGCCCCCCAGGUGGGGGCCCCCCAGGUGGGGGCCCCCCAGGUGGGGGCCCUCCAGGUGGGGGCCCCCCAGGUGGGGGCCCCCCCCUCGGGGGCCCCUCGCUGGCUGACUCGGUGGAGGCCCUGUGGGCCCUUGGGCAGGGCCCAGCAUCUCUGAAGGAGGAGCUGUUCGGGCCUCCCGACCCCAGCAGGAGCAGCAGCAGCAGCAGCAGCAGCUGCAGCAGCAGCAGCAGCAGGGGAGAUGUUGUGUGGCAGGGGGCAGAGGGGAGGGCCGUGAGGGCUGUGGGGCCCCCGCUGCUGGGCCAGUGGGUGUCUGCUGUGUGGGGCGCGACUGGGGGCAAAUGA